UUGAAUCUGAUUGGCUGACGAACGUUCUGAGGUGUGUAAUUAUUUUCUGGGAAAUGCACGUCGAACGUAGUUCCAGGCAGCUCUCUUGACCGCAUUACAGUUCCAUAUCACUUCGCGUAGUUAACAGUAAUUACGGUCACGCAGUUUGCACAGAAAGGUGUUGUCAGUGCUCUUUUCUGAUGAUUCGAUCAGUUCGCGUGUAGUGUAGCAACAUAAAGGCUACACAUGACAUUUCUCAAUAGUGAGGUAAUAGCAGUGCUGUUUAGAGACGCAAAGAGUGUUCGUCCCGGACCGACGGGCUCCUUCCAGUCACCUCCUGCUGGAGCAGCUGCCCAGCUAUCAGUCUCUGUUGUACCGGAGGAAGACCAGCUCCAGCAGCAGGAGGCGGGGCAGUGGGCGGGGCAGACAGCCAUCAAUCAACAGUGGGAAAUGGGCGGAGCAGAAACCUGUCCACAGCGGGGAGGAGCUCAAACCUGUGAGGGAGCUUCCCAAGAGCAUGCAGGAGAAGCAGCACGAGAAGCAGCAGCGUCUCCAGCAGGGCGGCGCUCUCACCGGCUGGGGUUUGUGGAGACUCAAUGUCCAUCGAUCUCUGAAGCGUCUCAAGGAGGACGGGAUGGAUGUCCUCUCGUCUCUGCAGCUCUGGAGGGCAGAUAUUCAUCUCAUCGAGGGAAUGUUUGGGACGGGAAUCCUGUCGUAUUUUUCAUUCCUGCGCUUCCUGGUGCUUCUGAAUUUCAUCAUGUUUCUGCUGAUGUUUGUGUUUGUGAUGCUGCCAGUGAUUAUCACAUCACACAGCACACACAACAUCACCUACAGCAGCAGCAACGGUAACCACACACACACACACACA